UGUACAUGUACAUUUAUAUAGUAAUUAGUCUACAUGAGAUGUGAAUGUGAAACUUCGGCAUGUGACUGAAAAGCUGAGGCUUUACACAAUCAUUGUGAAAGAAGAACUUCAUGUGGAGAGCUGGAACAAAUCCUUCUGCUCUUCAGUACACCUUCUGCGUCCGUCACAGAAAGCUAUUGUGCUGAAUUGCCAAACUUUAGGUCAUAUGAGAAGCAGUCAGGUGAUUUCUGGAACUGUGUACUAAACCACACGAGACUUGCACACAGUACAUAGGGCGAGUAAGUCAUUCUUUCAUUCAGCCUUUGGCACAUAUAGAAAGGAGGAGAGUGCAGGAGAUCCAGGAGCUUUGGGAAAGCCGAAUAGAUCCCAAAGAGUUUUGUCGCCUUUUGUUUUGUUUUGGAGUACAGAACAGGACCUACCGGACUACGUGCUUUCCACUAACGUUCAGUUUUUCACAGACAUGUCAGACGGGGAUAGUAUACAGGCCAGGCAGAGCUUACUGUUGAAUGAUGGGAGUAAUUUCAGCUCUCUGUGUCCGAACGGCUCUGAAUGGAUUUGGUCCAAUCUUGGCGAGUGCACUCAGGAUGCCCGGGACAUGAGCAGUGUGGUCCUGGGUCUGCUGUCCAUCGCCUGCUUCAUUGUGUCAUCUUUCCCGCAGUACUACAGCUCUUGUAAAAAAGGGAACAUGGACAGCGCUCUAUCCAUUUGGUUCCUGUUGUUGUGGCUUGGAGGCGACACGUGUAAUCUCGCCGGCUCGUUUUUAGCUGACCAGCUUCCUCUCCAGAAAUACACGGCCGUGUACUAUGUCCUGGCCGACCUUUUAAUGAUCAGCAUGUACAGCUACUAUAAGAUGAACAGCAUGCGGUUGGAGAAUGCCAAUAGAAGAGUGCUGCAUGUGGCCGGACUGCUGUGUGCCCUCGGUGUGUUUUCUUCACUGUCUCAGUUUUCCUUUUCCUCCGCACACAAAUACACCGCUUCAGGCUUUAAGGGCCGAACGCUGCUGGCCGUGGAACAGCUUCACGCAAAUUCAAUAGAGCCUUUUUCCACUCGGGAGAUCAUCGGCUUCACGUUUGGCUCGAUCUCCUCGCUGCUUUAUCUCAGCUCCCGGGUGCCGCAGAUCGCCACCAAUUUUCUGAGGAAGUCGACGGAGGGCGUGUCGUUCUUUCUGUUCGCGCUGGUGAUUCUGGGUAACGUCACGUACGGGCUGAGCGUGCUGAUGAAGAGACCGGAGAGAGGGCAGGCUGAGAGCAGCUACAUCGUACACCACCUGCCCUGGCUCAUCGGCAGCCUGGGGACGCUCUCGCUCGACCUGGUGAUAUCAGUGCAGUUUAUGAUAUACAGGAAAGCUGGACAGAGGACAGAGGACAAAGAUGAGACCGCCGCUCUACUGAGUAACUGAAUGUUCAUCCUCAGAGCGGCUCAAACCUCCACACUUUAAGGAUCCUCAACUCCCAAAAUCCAAAGCACAAAUGACUGGAGCACAUUCCUCCCCCUUUCAUUUUAGCAGUAGCACCAUUUUAUAGCAAUUUCGAGUUUUUGCAUUAAAGUGUUUAAAAAGCCCAAUGAACUCCUUUUAUAAAGCACGAAGACUUUCAUCGAAUUUUUCUUUCCAAUUUGCACAAUUCCCUUUUUUUGGAACGACGCUCCGAAUGGUGCAAUAUGUUCAUGCAGAGAGAAGCCACAUUCACACGGACACUGAUAAAGUGGUAAACAUCACAUCCUUUGUUUACAGAUUUUAUUAUAUAUUUUAUUUUUUUUAAAUCGAACUGUCAUGUUGUAAGUUGAUGUUAAUUCACUGUUGAUUGUUAGAAUUUGGAGGUUUUCAAAUACUCCUUUUUUUUAUCUAUUAGAAAGUCAUAUGUUUUGGAUAAGCACUUUCUAUCGCUUUCUCUUUUUGUCUGUCUGUCUCUUUCUUUGCUGCUCUUCGUAUAAAUAUCCUUCUGUUCGGUUAUUUCAGUUUUUGUAAUCUACACAAAAGGUUAUUUCUCUUCUUUUUUUUUUCGAUUAAUUUAUUUUAAAAGAAUACUCUGUCUCUGCUCUCUGAAAAAAUCUAAUCUCUACCUACCACAGAUACCAAUGAAGCUUCCUGUACUGAGAAAGGAGAUGAUGACAUGCUGAUUUGCUUGUAAUGGACGUCUGAGAUGUUUGCAGUUGUUGGGGCAGGCAUUGCGUUUUACAUCAGGCAUUCCGUAAAUAUGUUUGUAAAUCAGUUUAUGUAUUUUUGUUAAUUUUUUCUUUUAGAGGUAAAUAGUUCGAUUUCCGA